AUGUAUCCGGCUUCUUCGUGUGACGGCCUUUUGCCAGAAGCUCAAUUCAGAAAAAUGGGUAGCAGCGAAGGUCAACAGACAUUUUGCUUAAAAUGGAACCACCACAAGACAAAUCUAGUAGAGAUCCUAGAGGCGUUAAUAAAAGUAGAGACGUAUGUCGACUGCACGCUUGUAGUUGACGAUCAAGUCACUUUUAAAGCUCAUAGAGUUGUCCUGGCUGCAAACUCUCCAUAUUUCCAAUCAAUAUUGGCAGACGUGCCAAUGGAUCACUGCAGUAUACUUUUCCCAGGUGUUAAAGAUUUCGAAAUGCGCGCACUGCUUGAAUACAUGUAUACGGGUGAAGUAAACGUUACCCAAGCGCAUAUUCCAAGAAUAAUGAAGGUUGCCGAACAGCUGGAAGUUAAAGGUUUGUUUGAUAUGACGGAGCUACGGCGCCGCCCGGGUAGCAGUGAGCGUACUCCUGCUGCCUCGCCUCCGAGAGUCGUGCCCGCUGCGCCAUCUAGCGUGUCACCUCCGGUACAGAUUAAUCGCUGGCCGCCUCCGCCCUCAGCACCUCUUCUCUCCGCUGCAUACGAUUCAGCGGACAUGAACCCUCUAAAACGUAAAAAGCUUUCAAGCAUGCUAGCCACUCGUGAUACUCCAAUUUUAAGAAAUGUUUUAGCCCAAAAUACCUCAGUGGAUUCAUCUCAACCUAUUUCUCUCGUAUGCCACCCCGUGAGUCAGCAUGAACCAACCCGCUUACAUUCCAAUGGUUCGGCACAUGAAUCUGAACGACCUGUCAGCCCUCAGCGUCCAUUUGAUUAUCGUCCUCGAAGAUUGUCAUCGCGAGCUUCGUCGCCACAUUACAAUCGUUCAGACCGCUCUGAAGAUGCCCACUCUCCCUACACAGAACGUUCAUUUGAAGAAGAAAAUCAACGCACUUUCCAUCCGUCAUCACCGCCUACUAACUUCCAACAAGAUGUAAGAGCCGGCUUGGCUCCAUACGUGCCACCUCAACAAAAGCCAGAAUGGAAAAGAUACAAACAAUACACACGAUCAGAUAUCAUGUCAGCAAUUGAGUGCGUACGAAAUGGAAUGAGCGCAUUGCAAGCUUCGCGUAAAUACGGAGUACCUUCACGUACUCUAUAUGACAAAGUCAAGAAGCUUGGCAUUACAACAAGUCGACCAAUGAGUCGUGGUGUGAAAAGAGAAUCUAAUGGAGCUGCAUUUCCUUACGGUUUGAGUGGUACGGGAGGUAAUGACGAUCACACUCCUACGACGCCUCUUAUUGACCCAUCAUUUUUGCAACAAGCUUUAGAAGGUGCAACAAGAGAUGGGGGCCGGGAAGCUUUACACGCUAUGGCUCUGGCGGCAGCAGCUCAUGCUGCUUUAACACCGCGAACUCCACCUCGAUCAGCACCACAGUCUCCCCGUUCUCCACAACACGAUGACGACCACGUUGAAGAUCUUUCACUUGCAAGACGUCGUGAUCCUGAUCCACCAUCCGGAGUGAUUGUCCCACCUCGCAACUUUGCUCUCGACUGUAGCAGUGAGAGAGAUUGA